GGGGCUCUCCCCACCGCCGGCGUUUAACCUUCAGCGAGCGCCGCUGGAAGGCAGAACCGCGCGGGUGGGGAUGCGGCCGCUGCUCACAGCCCCGCGGCUCUGCUGAUGGCAGUGGGGGGUGGGCACAGCCCCGGGCUGAGGGGGGUUCCCAUGUGUCGGGCAGGCGAAGGAGUGCGGGUGAUGCUGAGGAGGUUGGGGUACCCCCGGGCGCGUGGUGCGGGGAUGCCUGAUGCGGUGGGACGCGAUGAGAUGGGAUGGGAUGGGAUGCCCAACUCUCAACCCUGCAAAGCACCGCGGCACUGCGUGCCCCAAAAUGCUCCAUGGCCAAAGAUAAGGGCGGGGGCCCCCCAGGUGGCAGCGUGCCCAUCCCCUGUUGUUGUGGGGCUGAGCGGUGACAUUUGGAGAGGCCACCAACGCCGGGCGCGUGGUUGGGGCACAGCGUGCAAAAAAGAUGCUUCCUUUUAUAGCCAGGCCGGGGCUGUUUGGUGCUGUGUGAGCGUGUGGGACACCACGGGCAGCCCCAGCACCCCCCCGUGCCGCUGCCUCCCCCUAUCAGCCCAUUUGUCCUCAUGCCUGGAACUGUGCAGGUACGGACAUGGGGGCUUUGGGGUGAGCGCAGUUCCGGGUGCUGCCCUCCAAGGUCACCGUGAGAGCCCGGCCGGGGGCUGCGGGGCUGAGCUGUGGGACGGAGCCAUGUGCGUCCCCAGGGCCGGGAGGACACCACUGCAGUGCUGGGAGAUGUGCCUGCGGGCAGCCGGGGCCGAUCUGUCCGGGAUGCGACAGCCCCGACCCCACACCCUGAUGGUGGGGGCUCAGCUGUGGUCUCACAGCUCCCUUAAUGCUCCUGCAGCACAGCUCAGGGCUGGAAAAGCCAAAGGGGUGAAGCAGGGACAUCCCUGCAGCACAGCCACAGGAUGCCUUCAGAAUACUCUUGGGGGCACGGGACUGCCUCUCCAGCUGCCACCAGUUUGGUGUCCUGGUCCCUGGGAGUCAUGUCCCCGUAGUGCCCGUGGCUCUGGGCACAUGGCUACGUGGGCAGCCCAAUGGCACUGGGGGGGAUCGGAGCACCCCAGGCUCUGCUGCCUCAGUUGUCUCUGGCUCCUGCAGAGCUGCAGCACAUGGGGUGCUGAGUCACGGCCCCGCUGGAUGCCCCCACAGCCCUGCACCUUCCUGUGCCCCCCUGGCCCCACAGGGCCUGUCCCCGUGUUCCCAUGCGGCGCUCCAGCUCUGAGAUUAGGGAUAGGAAGGUCAUUGGGGUCACAGCGCAGCCCAGCUGGUGCCACAUUCGUCCCCCCAGCACCGUGCCCUGGCUGUGGUCACACUGUGCCGGGUCUGGUGAGCCCCCUCCACCCCUCGCUGUGGUCUCCAGCCCCAGAGACACCCACAAACCCCCCCCACUGGGAGAGGUGCCCCCAGCCUGCCACGGGGCAUGAGGGCUCCUGCAUGCUCCUGUCCCUGUGA